UUUAAUCAAUAAAGUAACGAGAACUUAGGUCAUUAAAAAAGUAACAAGAACUUCAGCUUAAAUAGAGUUUGAUAUUCUUGUUUAUUAUAUGUACAGUUUGAUACUGUUGUAAAUAGUAAAAUGAAAAGACUACAGAGGUAGCAUCUUGGAUAUAAGGACACCAUUCCCUCUGCUUUUCUCCUCUGUCUCUCUGGUCUCUACGAAACAAACGCUGUCCAUACACACAAAAAAGAAGGAAAGGAAAAAAAAGAAAGAGGAAGAGAAACAUUUUAGUAUUUUGCCGAGAAGAAGAAGAACUUAAGAUGGUUCAAAGCUCAACGAGAAGCAAAUGGUUCACUUCAUCUAUCAUUCUCUUCGCUCUGUUUGCUUCCGCUACUCUCGGAGAAGAUGGAUUGGUGACAAACGGUGGUUUUGAAACGCCGCCGAGUAAUGGUUUCCCAAGCGAAGCCAUUGCAGACGGACCAAGCGAGAUACCGAGUUGGAAAUUAAACGGCACCGUAGAGUUAGUUUCGUCAGGGCAAAAACAAGGUGGAAUGAUCCUCAUUGUACCCGGAGGUAAACACGCAGUGAGAUUAGGCAACGAUGCAGAGAUCAGCCAAGAAUUGACGGUGGAGAAAGGAUCAAUUUACUCGAUAACAUUUAGUGCGGCUCGCACGUGUGCUCAGCUGGAGUCACUGAACGUAUCAGUGCCACCCGCAUCGCAGACCAUAGACUUGCAGACAGUGUAUAAUGUGCAAGGAUGGGACCCUUACGCGUGGGCUUUCGAAGCAGAAGAGGAUAAAGUAAAUUUGGUUUUUAGGAAUCCGGGAAUGGAAGAUGACCCCACUUGUGGGCCCAUUAUUGAUGACAUUGCUAUUAAGAAGCUUUUCGCUCCUGAUAAACCCAAAGAUAAUGCAGUGAUGAAUGGUGACUUAGAGGAAGGUCCGUGGAUGUUUAGGAACGUUUCACUAGGGAUAUUGCUCCCUACGAACCUCGACGAAGAAACGACACCUUUGCCAGGUUGGAUCGUGGAAUCGAACCGGGCUGUUCGCUACAUUGACUCCUACCAUUUCUCAGUUCCAGAGGGCAAACGAGCCAUUGAAUUACUGUCGGGCAAGGAAGGUAUAAUUUCACAGAUGGUUGAAACAACACCUAACAAGGCAUACACUUUGUCGUUUGCCUUAGGCCAUGCCGAUGACAAAUGCAAGCCACCGUUAGCAGUUAUGGUCUUUGCUGGAGAUCAAGCCCAAAACGUGCAUUACACACCUGAUUCUAAUUCCACAUUUCAAAUUGCUGAUUUAAAUUUCACUGCCAAAGCUGAAAGGACAAGGAUUGCAUUCUACAGUGUGUAUUAUAAUACCAGGACGGAUGAUAUGAGCUCCUUAUGCGGGCCCGUCGUAGAUGGUGUUCGGGUCUGGUUUUCUAGCGCUAGAAGAAUUGCAGUUAGUGGACUAGGGUUAGGGGUUGGGCUUACAUUUUGGGUUUUGGUUUUGGUUUUGGUUUAAGGGUUGGGUUUUAAUAGGGUAAAAAGGAAAGGUAUGCAUGUUCUAUGCAAGUCAAGUGUGUUAUGUUGCAAGCUUUACUUAAAAAGUCAUGCUAUUAGAAAUGGGAAUGUUUUUGUUAUAUUUUCUCCUCCGUUAUGCUGAAGGCAUUAACUUUACAAAUUAUUGUAAUCAACAAAAGGAUUAGUGGAUUCCUACUACAA